AAGAAAACUUCCGGAAUAAACAAUAACUUGGCUAAGUGUCCUUGUAAAGGCAGUUGUGUGUGGUUGAUGUGUCAGCUUCAAACGUUUAGAAAACACUGGGGUCGGUUCAGUUCGGUUCGAUGGCGGCGUCUGCUCACGUCUCCACUAUUCGCUCCCUGUUCAAGAGGAUCCUGGUCCUGCACCGCUUCCUGCCCGUCCACUUGAGGGCCCUGGGAGAUCAGUACGUGAAGGAAGAGUUCAGGAGACACAAGAGCGCAGCUCCAGAGGAGGUGAAGAGCUUCCUGACGGAGUGGGAGAACUACAAGAACACCCUGCAGGCCCAAGUUCUGGAAUCAGCAGGAAGGCAGCGAGGCACUGUGAUGUUCGGGGCUGACCUGCCUGACGAGACUCUCAGUCAGUUCCAGGAUGAACAAAUUGGCCAGUUGUACGAACUCAUGCUGGAGUCCACCAAACCCAACAAACAGUUCGAUAUCCAUGAGGACAGCCGAUGAAGAAGAGGAGCACAGAGAAUGGAUUAACAGAACAUGCUCAUUCUGAUUAACUCAUAAUGUUAGUAUAAUAACUCUACUGACUGACAUGUAGACUAGACUCUGAGCCCAAGCAGAGGCUCUUAAUGGUGCUCAAGUGCUGUGUAAUGGUUCUGUUUCUUUGCUGAGCCCAUUUACUGUCAAAAUAAAAAGGUUCCUUGUUAGAAUCAGUAUGUUUCUUAUCUUUCUUACAUUAGUAGUUUAUAUUAUUAGUAGUUUUUUAUUUAAAGUUCAGUUUAAUGUUCUCACCCCAGAGAGGAGGAAUUUGUUAAAGUGUAUGGAAGACAUGACUAACUUUUCUUUAACCUUGAGCGUGUUUUUGCAGGUGGUGUCUUAAUCCUCUUUAAGAGAACUUUCUGAGAUACUCCUUAGGCGUAAAACUGUCUAUGUGUAGAAUUGUUAGGUAAAUUGUAUAUAUUAUCAAAUAUUUGUUGCUUCAUGUACCUUUAUAAUGUCCUUGCCUUAUAUGCUUUUAUUUUGUUUCAUCUUAGCAUUAAGAAUGUUUCUGAUUCCUUUCUCAGAAGGCCUCUCUGAAAAAGAGCAGUGACAACAGCUUUCUGCAGGGAUUAUCGCUCAACAGAAAGUUCUGCCUCCUUGACCUGCUAGAUAGCUAUAAAAAUAUCACCGUGAAGAUGUACAACUUGCUCUGUUCAGCCCUGUGUCUGGAAUGAGAUAAUCUAGUACAAAAUACCUUGUGUUUUAGUUAGUGAUUGUCAGUGACGCUGCAGCUAUGUGAUAAAGUGUUAACGCCUUCCUUUUAGACUUGCAGUGUUCUUUGUGGUUAGGGAUCCUGAAAGUAAUAAAAAGAGGGGCAGACAAAUGUAGUUUCAGAGCAGUAGGAGAUUUGUAACUGAAAGCACAUCUCUGUCUGUUCUCCUUGCGAGUUGAUAAAGAAUCUAACUCUCGUC